AUGGAUGAACAAAAUUUGCAAGCAUUAUUUGAAAAUGUCUACGAUGCAGUCGACAACCUGAACAUUGUUCACAGAACUGACUACGAACAAGCUCGUCAAAAUAUUCGAGAUAAGAAGUACGAUCAUAUGCUUAUUGAUGUAAUAUCCGAUGAUGAGAAGGCACAGUUGACUGAGCUCGAAAGAAUUGGACGAAUAAGACAUAAAAAUUAUUGUGAUGCGAUUAAAAAUGUCAUAGAUGUCAUUCGACAAGUUUUUAAUGCAUUGAACAAAAUUGAUGAAAAGGAGAUUGAUAGGAAACGCUUGAAUGAGCUUCAAGACAUCCUUAAUGAGAUACCCGAAUGUCCACCAGAGAGUCAUUUCCUUAAUAUUACGGAUAUUGACAACGACUCAUUGAGCAAUGAUGAAAGUAUUAUUUUAUCAGAGAUUGAUGAUGAUGAUGUGUACAUGAAUCAAGAUCCAAUUGACGAAAAUGAUGCAAGAAAUGAAAGUCGAAUGAUAAAAAUUAUCGAAAAGUCUAAAGAAAUGAAAAAACUUGAAGCUGCACUCGAGGAACAUGAAGAAAUGAAAAAUCAAAGUAAAACUCAAAUGUUUGCAGCAAAGGAUCAGCAACUUGACAUAACAGAACAUCAGCAACAUCAAAGGGAUCUAUUCAAUAAAGUGAAUGAAUUGAAAAUCAAUUACAAAAGAGUAAAGGCAGAAGUCAAAGGAAUGAUUCAGGAAGUUUUUCCUUAUUUGAAUGAUGAUUCAAUGGGAAAGGAACUAAUGGAAUUAUAUUAUCGAGUUGAAAGGGAUGAUGCCAUUGAGAAAAGUCAAGCUUCUAAAAUGCAGUCGAAGAUUCCACAAGCACCAUCGAGAAUUCCACAACAACCUAAGAUUGCUAUGCAACACCUUCAAGUACCUCAAGCAUCUCAACCUCAAUUUAAAUCAAAUAUUCCACAAAUGACCAUUAAUCGUCCUCAGACAGCAUCAAGAAUCCCUCAAAUGCCAACAAGGCUCCCGCAAAUGUCAUCAAAUGUACCUCAGACACCCACAAGAAUUCCACAAACUUACACGAGGCAUCCGGAGCAAUCACAUCGUUAUCAGACACAAAUUCAUUCAGUUCAACAACCAUCACAACUUCCAAGAACUCAGACGAGAAUUCCUCAAGGUCCGAUUUCGCAAAUUCCAAGGCAAAUGUCAGCAACAAAAAUUCCAAGAACGACUUCACAACUUCAGAUGGACGUUGAGCAGCAUAAAAACAAAUUAGGAAUUUCAUCAAAUAUCAAACAGCUUGGAAAUUUACAAAAUUUGAAGCAAUCGGAAGCUGUUCCACGAUCAAUUCCACAAAGAGUCAUUCAGGAUAGGAAUAAGCAGCUUGGAGCUAACUUGAAAGUCUCUGAAUCAAUUGGAAAUAUUAGGAAAGUGAGAGUUCGGCCAGUGAGUGAGCCUGCAUCCAAACUCUCAAAAUCCAACAUCCGUUCUAAUGAAGUAAAUCGUCUCCAACUCAGAAACUUGACAGCAGCACAACAAAAAAAUAUUAACAAGCAAAACCGUAUCAAGACAGAGGAUGCUGCAGCUCGAAUGCUUCGCGAUGCUGAGAAAGUUCUAAAAAAACUCACAAAUACAAAGAAGUUCAGUACAGCACAAGAACGUGAACUGAAGGAGAAGGAAGAUAUUCAAAUGCUUAUCAGCAGUGCACUAAGAUUGUUUAUUAAUGAGCUUGAAAAUGUGAAUUUGUCGCAUGAGCAUAAAAUUAAAGUAUUGGAGGAGAAGUUGAAAAAGUUCUUUGGUGAAGUUCGUAGGAUUAUGACUCAAUAUCGAGGAAAAUUUUUCAUGCCAGACGAGGAAGCAAACCAGAAAUUCAUCGACAUUGUCCUUAAUCACUUUAAUGAAACGAAAAACUUUGAAAACUUUCGAGAAAUUCUUGCUGAAUUCUUUAAAAAGCUUCCACAACAAAAAUUUCAAAUUCUAAAGCAGCAAGUUCCGCAAGUCAUUCAGCACAAACAAAUGCAACACUCAACACCUUCAACUACCAGACGACCAUCAAGUGCGAGACGAUUUAAUGAUGUGUCACGUAUUGCACCUUCGUCUAGAAGACCAUCAAGUGAUGCAGCAACAAAACAAACUAAAGCGAAAGUUCAAAAUCAGGUUAGAAAUUUAGAAGAGACAAGUCUUCAAAAGCCAUCGACACAGACAGCAAUUAAACAGAAACUUGAUAAGUUUGUUGGGAGCUUUUGUAAAAUUUUUAUCCUCAACCAGAAGAACCGUCGAAAUAAAUUCGAUAUUUGGGUCAAAACCUUUCGUGCCAACCUGAAUCCAAUCCUCAAUGAUCUCGAAGCCUUCUACAAAACCUUGCCGUACCCUGAGAUUCAGAAAUUUAACCGCGAACAAAUUGAGAUAUCACUCGAUCGCCUUCUUCAGCAAGUCUACGAACAAACUAAAAAGUAUGAGCUGACAAACAUAAGAUGUAAAGACCUGAUUGGAAAUGAGAUGAAAAAGUUAAUGGAACAAAAGCAUUUAAAGAAUUUGAAUGCAUCACUUGGGGUAUUUCUGCAAGGUAUCAAAGAACUAAUUGGAUCAUAUAUACAGCCAUCAGAAGUUCAAGAGGAACUGCCAUCAAUCAUUCAAAAACCACAGCAAACAGUUCAAAAUCGUGGACAGCAAUCAAUGCUACAGAGACUUCAUGAAUCAAAUAUUCAAAGAGCACUUCAUCGAACCUUAAUGAAUGAAACUGAUGAAAGUGUCGAGUAUCCAUCAUUUAAUGAAUCACUCCUACAACAAGUCUCUUUACCGGAGCUACAAUCAAUGUACAAGAAGAUGUUGAAAGGAAAAUAUCAAAUGCCAAAUGUUCAAGGUACGGCACAUCAAGCGAUGAUGCUCGAAAAAAUUGAGCAACUUUUAAGACAGAAAGCUCAACUUGGAAUGGCUAAGCAGCGAGAUGAAAGCUUUCUUCGUGAACAUGGCAGACUAAAUAAUUCGUUCCAAUUUCCAAUCCAUGAAAGACUUGCUCCAUCAUCAAUUAAUACUUUCAAUCGUAUCAUUGGUUCAAAUGAGAUUUUAGAUUCUGUUGAGACUACCGAUGAGAUGCUUAAAGUGUUGGACAUCGUUCUGGAAUGCUGUGAGACUGUCGAUGAAAAUAUUUGUAAAGUCCUCAUAAAUCAGACUCGAAAUGAAGCGUCUGCACUUGACAACUCAUUGAACAUUUUAGUUGCACACAUAAAGAAUCUCAUCUACAAUAACAACGUGAUCGAUUACGGGGAUGAGCUUGCACGACUUGAUAAGCUACAUUAUAAGGUAGAUGUCAAUGAACUAAAAUCAAAAUUGGGUCGAAAAGUUUUCACAAAGGCAGACUGUGAACAUUUAUUGGAAAAUGCAUUUUUGAUGCGAGUCAAUGAGUCUGACGUGGCUGUUUAUGCUGUUAUUGAAUUUAUUAAGAAUUUAAGGUACAUGGAAUAUAAAUACAUGCUGAAAAUAAUAAAAGGAGAAAUUCGCGGUGAUAUCGACAAGAUUCCAAUUACUGCUGACACAUCACGUGAAGAUUUAUUGUCCACAGCAGCAAGUGCAAGCUUACUCGAUAAAAUGAAAUUCGUUCAACCGAUUCGCGUUGUCAAAGACUAUAAUUACCCACAUGACCUAAUCGAAAGAGACAUCCUGUAUGUCGCAUGUCAACUCACAAAUCGUAAUGAAUUUGAGACAGCUAAAGAUGAUGCUGAAAAUGUCGACGUCGACGACGACGAUAUUGAUGACGAUAGAAAUGGACAUAUGGAUUAUCUUUCACGAUUCAUCAUUCAAAUUGCACAAAAAUACCAAAAGAGUUCCAUAAAUGAACGAGAUGCACUGCGAAUAAUUGGUCAAAUAUUCUAUAUGCUGCCAUGCAUACCAAUCAAUUUUUAUCAGCGUUUCAUUUAUCAUGCAGAUAAUGAAUAUUUUAGCUCAAUAAGAUUCAAUAAUCCGUCAUUAAAUACAGCAGCACGAAUCGACACAAUGGCAAUGAAAAGUCGAACGAUGUGUGCAGAAGAUAAAUUACUCUAUGGACGUCAAGUUACUCUCAUAACAAAUCAAAUUGAGCGAUUUAUGUUUGUGUUUGAUAAUGAAAUUGAAGAAAUUGCACGAAGCUUUCAUAUGUUGGAUACGAUGAAGGGAAAUGGCAUUAAAAUUAGUGGAAAUGAGUUGUCGAAUAAUGACAAUGGGAUUUUAGGAAAUCCUAGGGCAAUUGAUACUAAAAAUGCAGUGGAUGGAAAAAUUGAUAAUGUCCAAAUCAGUAUCGUAACAAGUCAGCCACCGAUGACAAAUAUUGCGAAUGAGGAGGUUUUAAAGAAAUUUAAUGAAAUUGAUGCAGUAUUGGAUAAGCAGCUAGGCGAAGUUGACCAUUUUGAUAACUCAAAAGUCGCAAAAAUGGCAUUAAAAUUUGAGUUGCAGCCAAAUGCCAUUAAAAGAAAAAAUUAUUGGCAAUGUCGUGGAUCAGAAAUUCCUAAAUGGUUUCCAGGAUUCUAUUCAGUCUUUCCCAAUACAAAUUCUUCAAAACCAAUCGCAUAUUCAAUCGAACAAAUUCUUCCUCAUGCCUGGCGUAUGAUGGCACCGAUAAAUUAUAAAUGAACGAUUCUGUUCUGAUAAAUAAAAAUUCU